AUGAAUUUAAAAGAUUUGUAUUCCGAAGUUUCUAAUGAAGAUUCUGCUAUUAAUUUUCUUCAAACGAAAAAUGUUUUAUUACAAACUCAAAAGUGCGAAAAUGACCAUAAAAUGAUUAUAAAAGGAUCUCGGUGGCGUUGUCAGAGAAGAACUUGCCGAAAAGAAAAAGGUAUAAGAACAAACAAUUGGCUGAGUGGUUCAAGAUUACCAAUACAUACAAUAGCAUACUACAUAUACUGCUGGGCUUAUGAAAUGACCUCUGUAUCGUAUUGUAAACGUGAGUUUGGAAUGAGUAAAAGCGCCGUUGUUGACUGGAAUAACUAUUUACGUGAAGUGUGCGUUUGGAAAAUUGAAAUUGGUAAUAAAGAAAUUGGUGGUCCUAAUUUAAUUGUGGAAAUUGACGAAAGCCUUUUUGUACGUAGAAAAAACAAUGCAGGUCGUAUACUUCCUCAACAGUGGGUAUUUGGAGGCAUUUGCCGAGAAACUAAAGAAUGUUUCAUUGUGUGUGUACCUGAUCGGUCUGAAAAAACUUUACUACCAUUAAUCCAAAAGUUUAUUCGCCCAGGGUCCAUAAUAUUUUCGGACAGUUGGAGAUCAUACAAUAAAAUUCAACAAUUAGGUUAUCAACAUAAUAAAGUCAAUCACAAGUACAACUUUGUCGACCCCUCUACUGGAGUUCACACCCAAAACGUGGAAAGAAUGUGGGGUGCUACAAAAUGGGGUAACAAACGACGUCGCGGAACAGCUCGAAAUUUCCUUGACUCAUACAUGGCAGAGUAUAUGUGGCGAUCAAAACUUACCAAUCAAAAUGAUCCAUUUGAACAGAUUUUAUUGGAUAUCUCAGCAUUUUAG